CAGUCCUUCUCCGGUAUUUGGCGGGAACACAAACCCAAUUUCUUUUCUUUUUAUACGAAUUAGGGUUUCGAAAUUCCGGCAUAGGAAAAAGAUGGAGAAGCCCGGCACUACAAGAAACGUGGGAGGAAUCGAAGAGAACAUAUUAGCGAUCCUCGAUUCUUCCGAGGCUAAAGACAAUCAGGACGCCUACGAGGAUAGAAUCACUUUUCUUGAAGCCGUUCGCGCUGCUUCCAUUGUACCGAAAGACGGAACUCCACCUACCUAUGCCAUGUUUGAGGCAAUCUUCUCCAUCUUGAGGAUUGGGAAGUCUCUAGAAUUGACCAUGGAAAGUUUUCAGCUUUUGAAUGAGUUAGAUAAGCGUUUCCCUCGGGUAUAUUCUUCUGAUGUAGAUAAUUCAACAUCAUCCAGUAGUGUGCCUGAAUUAAUCGUGGUUGAAGAGGCUUGGUAUCCAUUCGCUUCCUUUGAAAAUGCUAGUAAUGAGAGGGGAGCUACUAGUAACUCUGGGGGACCAGUUGACUCCUCUGGUUUCCAACUUUUGAUACAAGACCUUGCUGAUGCAACUGAUGAAGCAAACUUCCAAGCAUCAGAAACAAAGACUUUAGCAAACAUGCUAUUGUUUCAAUACCUGAUUAAUGUUUUGGAAUGGGACUUUCUACCACGUAACCGUAUCUAUAAAGAAACCAUGAACUGGGUAGUUCUGAGAGAGUCGUUAGUCAACAUGCUUCUGGUGUCAAGGAAAGUAAAUCAGAAAAGCUUGACGAAGGAUUGCUUGACCAUUAUGUGUAAAUUGUAUCAAACCCAUGCUGGAUUCACCGAUGAUCUGAUAUGUUCAAAGAAAUCUGUGGCACAACCCGCUGAAAAUUUUGAUGCUGCUACUGCAAUUGCUUUACUCGAGAUAGGAAAGAAUACCUGCAUAGCCAUGCAGAAGUUUCUAGUAAUUAUUAUGGAGCUUGAUGUAUCCAAGCAGAGUGCAGAUAUCCAAGGUUCUACUACCCGAGCUGAUGGUAUCAGAACUCCUCUGUUGGAGAUAAUUCUGGACGAACUAACGUACAAUAAAGAUAUUCUUGACCCAUUUCUCCAGGUUUUCGAUGAACCUAAAUGGAAGCUUGAGAUGGUUGUUAAGUACUUGUGGAAAUAUAUUGCUAAACCUUCUAUUCGCACUCGUAGGUCAAAUGGUCCUCCAGAUGAUGAUGCAUCUUUCAACGGAGCGUUGAAGUGCCUUUCAAAUAUCACCAGCGCAAAAAGUACCAUAAAGAAGAUUAGGACAGAAGUAGUACAGUUGCUUUUAGCACAUGGAUUUCAGGCUCAUUUGUCGCUGCCAUGUGAAAACCAUCUUGUUGGAGAUGCAUCUGCUUCCGAUGAAGAAAAAAGUAGCAGCUCGCUUGUUGAAAUAUGUGAGAAUAUAAUAUCAGCAUUCAAAAAUAUGAAGGACAGCAGACAAGCGCAUGGAGGUCUUGUCACUUGGAAAGGAAGCACUAUUUACAGCAGCUACGAUUGUAUCAGCAAAGUCAUAGUAUGUUACAGGUCAGCUGCACAUAGCUAUUGGUGAAAGCUUAACGAGAACUGAGGAACGUGCGCGAGAGUUGUUUUUUUCAUCAGUCCUAAACCGUCAUGCCCGUCUACUUUUGUUUUAGGAUUAAUCUGCAUUAGGUUGUACAAUCGUAGUGAUAUAGUUUAGUCAGGAUAGAAUUCAAGUAUUCGAACGGGUUGUCCUGGACUGCCUCAUGAAAUGGCUAGUAUUAAACAGAAAAACCCAGGAGAAUGUAUAAACAUUGACGAAUGCCAUCUUUCAAUGUACCAUGUAUUCUACCUGAAGAUUCACAUGAUCAAUCAAGAAAUACAAAUAUUACACCGCACAA